GGUCUAUGAAGCUAGCCAUGCUCGUUUAAUGAAGCGAGUAGAGUGUGUGUCUUACAGGGCUCUGCAGAGAUGUGGCCGAAAAUACUCAACAGCAGGUCGCUACUGACACUUUACAGAGUGACAAACAAGAAUAUCAGAACACCAAGUCGGCCACUGUCUUGGCACACACACGCGCAGCAACUGCUGACUCCGUCCGGUGUGUGUCCUCCAAGAUACUGCUCUCACUUACUUACCGGAGAAAACGGCUCUCGUUUACCAACCGGAGAAAAAGAUGCCGUUUCCACCAACAGCCCGCCAGCACUAACAGGCCACACGGACUCUGAACAGCACAGAAGUCCCGAGGUGUUCGAUAUCGGCGUGCUGGUGACGCUGCUGCGGCAGGAGAACGCACAGGACGUGUGUGUGAUCCGCGUUCCGCCCGAGAUGAAGUACGCCGAGUAUUUCGUAGUGGUCAGCGGCUCCUCAACCAGACACCUGCGCGCAAUGGCCUUCUACGCCGUCAAAGUGUACAAGUUCAUGAAGGCAGCAGAAGACCAGCACGUGCACAUCGAGGGCCAAAACGCAGAGGACUGGAUGUGUAUAGACUUCGGGGAUAUGGUGGUCCACUUCAUGCUUCCUCAGACCAGAGAGCUGUACGAGCUGGAGAAACUGUGGACGUUGCGUCACUAUGACGACCAGCUGCGCAGCAUCCCUCCUGAAACGCUCCCCAUGGACUUCAUCUACGGAGCCGACGCCCCCAAGUGACCUGUGUGUGUGUGUGUGUGUGUGUGUGUGUGUGUGUGUGUGUGUGUGUGUGUGUGUGUGUGUGUGUGUGUAUUCAGCAUACCACCUGAAACGCUCCCCAUGGACUUCAUCUACGGAGCCAACGCCCCCAAGUGACCUGUGUGUGUGUGUGUGUGUGUGUGUGUGUGUAUUCAGCAUCCCUCCUGAAACGCUCCCCAUGGACUUCAUCUACGGAGCCAACGCCCCCAAUUGACGUGUGUGUGUGUGUGUUUGUGUGUAUAUUCAGCAUCCCUCCUGGAAUGUUCCCCACGGAGCCGAAAUGACCCCCAAAUGACAUCAUCAGGUCCCUCGGAGACAGAAAUGGACUGGGUUUUUAUGCUGUUCCACUCGUGUGUGUGUGCGUGUGUGUGUUCCGCUGUAGUGUGUGUGUGUGUGUGUGUGUGUGUGAGAGAGAGGGAGAGAUUGAAGAGUUUUGUUUUUGUCUUUUUAUGUGUGUGUGUCAUUAAUAAAUUAUACGUUUGGAUUCUGUAA